ACGACGGCUAUAUAACAGACCGCGGCGAGCUGCUGUGUCAUAUACAUCGUAGCGUGAUACACAGAUAAACCGUGGUUCCCGCUUCAACAGUGAUUGGACGGAACCAAUUAACCCGCAACCAUGAGUUCUCAGGUCCGUCAGAACUACCACCAAGACUGCGAGGCCGCCAUCAACCGCCAGGUCAACCUGGAGCUGUACGCCUCCUAUGUCUACCUAUCCAUGUCCUAUUACUUUGAUCGUGAUGACGUGGCAUUAAGGAACUUCGCCAAAUACUUUCUGCACCAAUCCCAUGAAGAGCGCGAGCAUGCCGAGAAACUGAUGACUCUGCAGAAUCAGCGAGGAGGGAGGAUCUUCCUGCAGGACGUGAGGAAACCAGAUCGGGAUGAGUGGGGCAAUGGGCUGGAAGCCCUAGAAUGUGCCUUGCAGCUGGAGAAGAAUGUGAACCAGUCCCUCUUGGAUCUGCACAAACUAGCCACAGACCGGAAUGAUCCUCAUCUCUGUGACUUCUUGGAAACACACUACCUGGAUGAGCAGGUGAAAUCCAUGAAGGAACUGGGUGACCAUGUAACCAACCUUCGGCGAAUGGGAGCCCCACAGAAUGGCAUGGCGGAAUACCUCUUUGACAAACACACACUAGGGGAAUCCCAUGAAUAAGACCCAACCUCUCUCCUGCUUGAUGUUCGCUCACUUUUAAUGUGUUUGUGAAAUUUAUUUGUUUCUUGCUAUAUUUUGCCAAUAAAGCUCUUCUACUAGA